AUGUUUUUCGCCAAAUUAAAAUCGUUAAAACUAAUGAAUAAAGGCUUCUCGCCUCAUACCUUCAACGUGUUUGCGAAUAAUUGUACGCGCCUCAAAUUUCUUAAUUUGAGCCGAUGCUAUUCGAUAAGUGAUGAUGAGUUGAUCCCCAUGUUACGUCGAAACCAUGAUCUAGUCAGCUUGAACCUUAGUCAGUGCAAGAAUUUGUCUGCAAAAUGUUUGCAACCUGUUAUAUUACAUUGCAAUAAUUUACGUAUAUUGAAACUCGCCCGUUGCUCAUGGUUAACUCCUGGUGCCUUAGAAGCCCUAGCUCUGCAUCAAAGUAAGCUGGAAGAUGUUGACUUAGCAUUCUGUGUAUCUGUAUCAGAAAAUUGUAUUUUGAUUUUCAUAAAGAAAUUCAGGCAAAUAAAAACUCUAAACUUAGAAGGCAAUAAGCAGGUGACAGACAAGUGUUUGUAUACUAUAUCAAAGUACAGUACUUCACUGAAGAUUCUCAAUUUGGGUGGUUGUUGUGAAAUAACUGAUAAAGGAAUAAGAGCCUUGGCCCUGCACUGCCCUAAAUUGGAAGGUUUACUUAUUCGAGGCUGUACAAAAGUUACAGAAAAUAGUCUCCGAUUGAUGAGGAAUAAGGUACAAUUAGAUAGGAGGCCCAUGGAUCCAGUACCAUUACCCAUCUAUGUUCAAAUUUAA